UGCACAAAAAUAUUCUGUCAAACAUUUCCGUGGUGGACAGUGGUGAAUCGGCAUCAGUUUUCGAUGCUGUUCAGUGUACGAUGCUGUUUUGUUUCAGCAGCCAUGUUUACGUGAUAAAUGUACAAAAUGAAUACGAAAGAAAAAGAGAAAUACAUCGAGGAAUUCGAUUUUCCUCAUUGCGACGAAUCGACCAAAUAUGAAAAAGUCGCGAAAAUCGGUCAGGGCACCUUUGGUGAGGUGUUCAAAGCCAGAGAUAAAAACUGUACCAAGAAAUUUGUAGCUAUGAAAAAAGUGUUGAUGGACAAUGAAAAGGAAGGGUUUCCUAUAACUGCUUUAAGGGAAAUAAGGAUAUUGCAACUAUUAAAGCACGAGAAUGUAGUAAAUUUAAUAGAAAUAUGUAGGACACGAGCCACCCAGUAUAAUCGCUAUCGUUCUACAUUUUAUCUUGUAUUUGACUUUUGCGAGCACGAUCUGGCUGGUUUAUUGUCGAACGUGAAUGUCAAAUUUAGUUUAGGGGAAAUUAAGAAAGUUAUGCAACAAUUAUUAAAUGGUCUCUAUUAUAUUCAUAGUAAUAAGAUUUUACAUAGAGAUAUGAAGGCUGCGAACGUUCUAAUAACCAAAAAUGGUAUAUUGAAAUUAGCCGACUUUGGGUUAGCCCGUGCAUUUAGCGCUAACAAAAAUGGCCAGCCAAAUCGUUAUACAAAUAGAGUUGUUACACUUUGGUAUAGACCACCGGAGUUAUUGCUCGGCGAUAGAAAUUAUGGCCCUCCCGUAGAUUUAUGGGGCGCAGGAUGUAUAAUGGCUGAAAUGUGGACCAGAUCACCUAUAAUGCAAGGAAACACAGAGCAACAACAACUUGUAUUAAUUUCUCAAUUAUGUGGUUCUAUAGUAACAGAAUCCUGGCCCGGAGUAGAAAAUCUAGAGCUGUUUAAUAAAAUGGAGUUACCCAAGGGUCAAAAACGAAAGGUCAAAGACCGAUUGAAACCAUAUUUAAAGGAUCCUUACGCUUGCGACUUGUUGGAUAAGCUAUUGAUUCUCGAUCCAUCGAAAAGAUACGAUUCGGAUUCUGCGUUGAACCAUGAUUUUUUCUGGACCGAUCCAAUGCCUUGCGACCUUAGUAAAAUGUUGGCACAGCACACGCAAAGUAUGUUCGAGUACUUAGCUCCGCCAAGACGUCCCGGCCACAUACGUCAUCCGCAUCAUCAAGUACCUGGAGGGCCAGCAAAACCCAGUUCUAGCAUGGCCGACAGUGGUUACCAAGAUCGCGUAUUCUAGCAUAUUUUAUUCUGUUCCGGACGAAUAUAGACUGCCCUUUUACCAUUCAUGUUUUUCAUCUCUUAUCAUUUUUUAUAAACUGUACAAGGUUUCUCGUUAACUACGUAGAUAACGAUAAGGUUCUGUAUUUAAAUUAAAUAUCUGAUUUAUACAAACUUUGCAAACGAGAUGUAAGAUUUUCUUAUAUACGUAUACAUACAUAUUACAUAUGUAUAUACAUAGAUAUAUCGUCGUUCAUCGUGUUUAUACGACUUAUACUAUAGGUGCGAUAAGUAGAUAAUUUAACACAAGAUACGGUUCGAUUAAAUUAUAUACGUAUAGUUGUAUCAUGAAUUCUAUUUCAGUGUCAUGUUAAAGACGAGAUUUAUUUCAAUAAGCAAAUUUCAAUUUUACAAUUUUCUUCGAUUCGAUAAGAUUAGAACCUACGUAAGAUGAUAUCUUAUAAAUGUAUAAGCCUAAAUCGUCUAAGUCUAAGUCGUGAUGAAAUUUUCAGUUGUACGCGUACAACAAACAUGUGACAGCUAGCGAGAGUUCCGUGGAAUCGACAAAUGGUACGACUUAAUUUCACUGUUCGCAUCGUCGUAGUCAUGAGAAAGCGGUAUCGUGCGUAGCACCGAGAGAAGAAAAUAUUAAAUAUGUACACGAUCGUGCGUCCGUAAUACUUCGUUAUUUUUAUACUUACAACUACGCUUCGUUAUUAUCCUAAAAUAACACUAUCGAAUCUACCAAUCUGUGAGGUACAGAUAAAUAUCAUCUAUAUCAAAGUAAAAACGAUGUGACAAUGGUAUUUUAUCACCGGAUAUAAAAAAAUACAAAUAAAAUUCUGUUGACUGUAACCGGAUUUCCUUUAACAGUUCCAUUCGCUCGUGUUACGAUCAAUGUAUUAAAUGAAUGAUAACUAAGGACAUAUCGAUGAAAUGACGAAUACACGAUAUACAUAUA